AUGGUCAGUUGGCAUGCAGUGUUGAUCGCCAACAACACCGAUGGCCUAAAGAAUGCGGUUCGUGACGCUGAGCUGGUCGAACGGGCACUGCUGCGCUGCGGCUUCUGUGCCAGGAAAGAGGAUGUGCACAUGGUUCCGAACAAAACAGGUAGCCAAAUCAAGCAGGUUUUGAAGCAGGUGAUUGGCAAGUUGACCAAGGAUGCUCAGCUCUUCGUUUGGUACUCUGGUCAUGGUUUUGGCAUGGACAGGCAUGAUGCAUUUCAGGGGACCUGUUUGGUGCCUGAAGGCGAGUACAUUGCCGGAGACGGAGAACUUGAAGUGGAGAUCCAGCCCCUUUGGCUGGAAGAUACCUUGUUCGGCAUCAUUGCAAGCGAACAAAAGGAACAACUAAAGCUUUGGUGUGCUGUGGUAGCCUGCCGCACGACGAGGGAAGAUCUUGAGAAGGGAUGGAAAAGAAAGGAGCACAGAUGCUCCGUCAUGGUGAAGCCGGAUGAGUACGCUCACAAUGUACUAUCGCUACAGAAGCAGCGGUACCAGUUUUGGUACACCUGUGACCUAGGGCAAUUCACUUGGGACUUCUCCAUUUUUGCAAAGGCCUUUUGCUACCACUUGGAAUGCAACCCAAGAUCUUGGGAUGAUUUGAAGAGAAACUUGACGAAGGACAUUGAAUUGAUGUCCUUUGGGCAUCUACAAAAACUAAAGAUUUAUGGAAAUCUCGAGGACCCUCUUGAGAAGACAGAGCUUACCCAGACACAAACCUUUAAGAAGGUCCUUUAUGACAGAGAUUGUCUCGAGGCAAUAAGACGGGCUCAGCCGCUGGCAGAUUGUUUGUAUAACCUUGCUAAUUAUGAGACCUUCACGCACGAGUCAGUCGAUGACUUGGAGGAAGAGGAAGAGAAAGAGGAAGAGGAAGAUGCUUGCGACUCUUAUGAACAGUAUGAAUCAGUCCGAGACAAGGCUGUGGAGAUCAUCGAGGAGUUUUACUCCUGUGGUGCGUACUUUGAAGGGCUUGAACAUCAAAUUGAGCUUCUAAGUUGUUACGACUUGGAUGAAGUCAUGGAUGUCCUGACAGCCCACAAGGAUGCAUCUUCAAGUGGGGCAGCAUAUCCUCCCCGCCCAACCGAAUGGACGCCGAAAGAAAGUGCUACUGCUGAAGAUCUUAUCGACAACCGCAAGACCAAACUGAAUCUCCCAACUGAGGUGAUCAGCGUCAUUAGCCGCGCUGCCAUGAGGUUGAAGAAGGACAAGUCUGAGAGUUUUCCUUCUGAAGUAUAUGUGAAGAUGCUGCAGGAGUUGGGAUUCUACUUUACAGCCAAGAAAUAUGAAGACACCUUUGCAAUUUGCAAGGAAAAGGCUGUCAAAGUCCAUGUGGAUAAGCUGGAGAAGUACUAUUUUGUAAGUGAGGGAGUGUUGGGCGCCAGUCCGGAUGAUGCCGCUGAUGUUGAGAAGCAGAUCAGGGAUCGGUGUGCAGAGCUAUGCCUCAACAUGGAUGACUUGGAGGUGAUUCGCGAUCAGAUGCGUGUCUGUGUGACCCAGGGCAGCUUCUGGGUGGUCGUGGUGUCCCCUGUGAAGCUGAAAGCCAGUGGAUUGAAGUCGAUCCUUGAGGACUUCGUCGACCAUCGAAGGGGAACAUCUUUGGGCUGGGCAUGUGCUGAAGCCCCAUGCCAGGUGCCAGAUUUUGCAGCAGCAGGAUUUCAGAACGUGGUGAACCUGGUGGAAGGUCUACGUGCAGAAAUCCAGGUUCCAAACUUAGUGCUGCUGAGAGGGUCCUUCUUCAAGGACCUUGCGAGGCAGCUCAUCCAGAGAAAUGGCGAAGAGGCUGCAGAAUGGCAGUUGCGUGCAGUCAACAACUACAGAGAUUUGGAAGGAGACGACUGGUUGAACCCUCACUGCAGUGCCGACCUGCAUUUUGUGCAAAGCCUCCACUGGCCGACACUGCCCUGGAAAGCGCCCGAGCUAUUGGAGCGAUUGAAGACCUUUGCAGGUCUCAGGCCUCAGAGUCAAGUUCUGCAUGCAGUUGCCUUCCUGAUUCAUGCGAUCCAGAAAGAUCCGGAGUGGCAGAGCAUGAGCCUGGACACCAUGAUGCAGGUCCUGAGCGAUACCGCUGCCGAGCCCAGUGAGGUCUUGAGGAAGGUGGUCAAGGCCUGUUGCGGAGUUGCAGCACAGACACGUGCAGAGAUCGACCGAGCAGGCCGGUCUGCGCUGCACCGCGCUGCCUUCAACGGAGAAAUGGAUGAGGUGGAGCGACUGCUGAUAGCAGGUCUUGACAUCGAGGCUAAAGACGACAGUCGGACGCCUCUCAACAUUGCGGCGGAAAUGGGCCAUUGGAAGGUGGUGCAGCGGCUCAUUGACGCCAGGGCGGACCUCGAGGCCCAGGACGAUGGGUGUCCGACGCCUCUCAACAUUGCGGCCGAAGAGGGCCACUCGGAGGUGGCGCAGCGGCUCAUCGAGGCCAGGGCCGAUCUCGAGGCCAAGGACGAGCAUGGUCGGACGCCGCUCCACUGGGCGGCCCGUGAGGGCCACUGUGAGAUGGCGCAGCGGCUCAUCGACGCCAGGGCCGAUCUCGAGGCCAGAGGCAAAGAUGGUCCAGGUGGGUCCACACCGCUGCAUCUGGCCGCGAAGUCUGGCCACCUCGCCGUGGUGAACCGGCUCGUGGCCGCCCGCGCGGCCGUCGAGGCGAGGGAUGACUGGCGUCAGACGCCCCUCCACCAUGCGGCCAAUUAUGGCCAUUGGGAGGUGGCGCAGCGGCUCAUCGAGGCCAGGGCCGACCUCGAGGCGAAGGACCUUGCUGGUCGGACGCCCCUCUACAUUGCGGCCCAAAAGGGCCAUUGGAAGGUGGCGCAGCGGCUCAUCGAGGCCAGGGCCGAUCUCGAGGCCAAGCACAAGGAGGUCUUUACUGUCGCAGAAGGGGUGCAAAGUCGGACGCCCCUCUACAUUGCGGCCCAAAAGGGCCAUUGGAAGGUGGCGCAGCGGCUCAUCGAUGCCAGGGCCGAUCUCGAGGCCAAGGACAACCAUGGUGAGACGCCCCUCCACUGGGCGGCCAAUUAUGGCCAUGGGGAGGUGGCGCAGCGGCUCAUCGACGCCAGGGCCGAUCUCGAGGCCAAGGACCUUGCUGGCGCGACGCCUCUCUACAUUGCGGCCCAAAAGGGCCAUUGGGAGGCGGCGCAGCGGCUCAUCGACGCCAGGGCCGAUCUCGAAGCCAAGGGUGAUGGUGGUCGGACGCUCCUCCACUGGGCGGCCCGUGAGGGCCACUGUGAGAUGGCGCAGCGGCUCAUCGACGCCAGGGCCGAUCUCGAGGCCAAGGACCUUGCUGGUCGGACGCCACUCCACUGGGCGGCCCGUGAGGGCCACUGUGAGAUGGCGCAGCGGCUCAUCGACGCCAGGGCCGAUCUCGAGGCCAAGGACAACCAUGGCAAAACCCCAUGGGACGUGGCCAAAAAGAAGAGAAGAGAGAAGGUCAUGGGUGUUUUGCGCCCUGUCCAGGUGGGCCUGCUGAGUGGUCGCACGGUCCGAUGUGACCCGAAUCCCUGUCGCAAUGUUCGCGAGCUGCGAGAAGAAGCCCAGUCUAAGCUCGGCACUGAGAUCCGGCAGCUUCUCACGAGCUCUGGACAGACACCGCAAGAAGAUUUGAUGCUUGCAGAUGCUGGCAUCGACUACGGCGACUUCGUUCAAGCCAUUUUGGUCAAUGAAGAUCAGGCGCAGCCGGAUGACAAGGCAUCUUCGGAUCCUGCGAGCCAGGCUUCAGUGCAGCUCCCAGAAAAUCUUUCACUCUCCCUUGCAGCUCCUUCUCGCGGCAAGGACGCCAAGGUCAGAGACGAGCAGAGCAGUUGA